UGUGCCGCCACACCCAGCCGAGGGCGCAACUUCAAAAGGAAGUGCUCCCUCAGUUUUGGGCCAGCCAGGGCCUGCUGGGAGAGUAGGACCCAGAACCCAGGUCUGCCAUUCUUGUCAAGCCCUGGACCCCAGCCCCCUACCACAGCCAGUUUCUGGCCAGGCUGCCUCAUGAAAGGCCACAGGCCUGGCUGGAACCUGCUGCCUCAGAGCCAGGCCUGUUACUGGGGGAGGGGUGUUUGCCCGUUGCCAGGUGCCUGAGUUCCGGCCCCUGGUACUAGCGGCAGCCAUGCUGCACGUGCUGCCCUCGCUGCCCUUGCUAUUCCUGCUGGUAAUGCCUGCCCCUACCCACGCCUGGUCGAGACCCCUCUGGUACCAGGUGGGGCUGGACUUGCAGCCCUGGGGGUGUCAGCCAAAUACUGUAGAGGGCUGUAGGGGCCGCCUGAUCUGUCCUGGCUACUGGCUGGGCCCAGGAGCAAGCCACAUCUACCCCGUGGCUGGGGUCACGAUCACCACCAUGAUGCUGAUGAUCCGCCGUAAGAUGCUGCAGUGGCGGCGGCGCUCACAGGCCACCAAGGGUGAGCAUCCGCAGGUGGCCACUGAGCCUUGUGGCCCCUGGAAACGGCGGGCCCCAAUCUCAGACCGCACCCUGCUCCGUGAGGUCCUGCACAUGCUGGAUGCCCUCCUGGUCCACAUCGAAGGCCACCUACAUCAUCUAGCCACCCAGCGGCAAAUCCAAAUAAAGGGGACUUCCACCCAGAGUGGGUGAUCAAA